CAUUAAAAACAGAUUAUUUUCAUUCUUUCAAGUCUCUUAGCUCGUUGUCUAUCACAGAACAGAGUAGAGCAUUUUAUAUACAGGAACGUGCCUUCAACAACAGCAAACUGCUAGUUUUAGACCUGGCAAAGAACACAUUCACUACUAAACGUCUACAUGAACAUGCAUUUUGUGGGCUGGAUCGGUUAGUAAAACUAGAUCUGUCUAAAAGUAAUUUCUUUAAAAUGGAGGAAAAACUAAGUAAAACGUUAACCCCUCUGAAAUCUCUUGACGUAUUGAUGCUGUUAGAUUGUAAUUUACAGGAAAUACCUUCUGUUAUCAGAUACUACCAUAAUCUCACGUAUUUAGAUGUUGGCUGGAAUCUGAUUAAAUCCUGGCCAGCUAAGAUCUUUCAAAGGAACAUUAAAUUGACGGAAUUGAAUGCAGGUCAUAAUUUAAUUCAGACUGUUACAAGUAAAAUGCUGCCUGAAGUGUUGAGGACAAAAUUGAAAAAAAUAUCUUUAAAUGAUAACCCGUUCGUAUGUAAGUGUGGAUUGGUUUGGUUAAUUCGAUGGAUUCAUAGGGAACCACACAAGUUUUGGGGUUAUCCUGACGGCUAUAGAUGUCUGAAUAUAACAGAGAGAAUUUGUCUGAAUAACACUGGAGCGUUCAUCUCUGUGACAACAGUAACAUGUUUUUUUAUCUGUGUCAUUUUUAUCGCUUCUGUUAUCAACAAAUAUAUCUGGCAUAUAAAAUACCAUAUUUAUAUGUGGAGAUACAGACCUAGACAGCUGUUGGAUAUUGCAGAGAAACACUUUGUUCAUGACGCCCUUGUUGCUUACUGUGUAGAAGAUGGAGACUGGGUUUUACAUGAUCUUCUACCUAUCGUGGAAGAAGGUGAAAACAUUACGUUAUGUAUCCACGAAAGGGAUUUUCUUGGUGGAAAACUGAUCAUUGAUAAUAUCGUGCAGCACAUGGAAAGCAGUCGUAAAGUUCUUGUUGUUUUGUCCAAUGAUUUUGCUAGAAGUAAAUGGUGUCAAUUCGAAAUGAGUUUAGCUCAGAAAUUGGUUAUAGAUAGGAGUAUAGAGUCUGUAGUAGUAGUAUUAUUAGAGGAUAUAGAAGCAGUUAAUAUGAGUAAAUCACUGAACGCUCUAUUGAAAACUACUACUUAUAUCAAAUGGCAAGAUAAUGAGAACAAAAAUAUAUUUUGGCAAAUGGUAAAAACAUCACUGAAACGUCAAUAUGAAUUAUAAUAAGAUUAAAGUAUAUCGAUCUGUUUACCGUAGUGGUUUCAUGGUCCGUUGUUCAAUCGCUACAAGAACUCCGCCUAACCCAAUCUGAGACUGUAUCCAUUCCACAUGUUCGAAUACAGAAAUGGAAUAUCACUUGUUGACUGAAUUUGUACUCUACGAAUAUGUUUACUAGAAGUGUAAGUUCGAGCAAUCUGACCUCCUCCUGUAGAUAUAUCAAUCUUUUGAUGGGCCUCUUGUUAAUCUGCUGAAAUCCAAACAGGUAGAUAAUCUAUUGUUGAUAUUGUCAUAGUAUUGUCUGAAUUAAACAGACAUUAUGCAAGAGCUAAAUCUGCUUUUUGUAAUCCUUUCUUUAGACAUGAAAUGUGAUAUAACUUACCAAAACCAUAAUCAACUCUCGAUUUUAUCGGAUGUCUGCGAUAUAAGUAGAUUUAAAUACGUUUUGUGGUCGAUGCGGUUACUGUAACAAUAGAUAAUGUUUAUUAUUGUAACAACGGUAGUAAUGACAAUAGUGGCUUUAUUUGUAUUGCCGAUAUCUAGGCUAGGAGUGAAAUAAUCUGAAUGAAAUUGUCAGUAUAUUCUCUUUUCAUUAUCUAUAUUUUAACUAUUUUAGCAGUUUGAGAACAUCGUAGCGUUAUAUUGUGAAAAAUGUAAAUGACAGACACAAUGUAUGUAUGAUAUAGUGUGGCAAACCUAGUUUCAUUUUGUUAGUAUUGUUUUAUUUAUAGUCUGUAUAAAUAGUCGAGACAAAUAACAUAUAUAAUUAGAUUUAAGUCACUGUAGUUAUAUAUUAUAGUGAGGGACUAUAUUUUAUAAUAUGUUAACCUUAUGAAUACGGAUCAAGCUCACCAAUUAUUUCUACGCCGUCAUCCAGUUUGUGUAUCUCAAUCUCAAGUUUGUCAUGGGCAGGAGGUUGCCACAUGUUGCUCCAACGAAAAUUUAGGGGAAAAAAGCAAGGCCUCAGAGGAGAGAAUUAACAUGGGGAAAUCAUUGGUGAUCUGUGGUCAUAUUAUUUGUAUUAUUAUCUCCCUUUACUUAACUAGCUGAAUUUAAAUGUCUAGAAUGCGAUUAUAAUUUAUAUGCAUAUCCUACGACAUAUUUAACGUAACUAACAUGCAUUUUUGUAUGUCAACUGUUAAAUAAUGUUGAAUUAAUAUUGUUUACAAUGCAAACUUUGUUUGCUUACAGUACAUAUAGUUUAUAAUUUUGCAUGACCCGGGAACGAAAACUCAAAUACAUUGCCAUCGUGUCGCUUCAGCCUGGGUCAGUUGUUCCCACUGUGAUAUCCGUCUCCAGGGCAUCCUUGGUUUCCUCAGUGGUCUCAUUCCGUUCUAUACACUGGGAUAAUCGUUAGGGUCUCCACAUUUCAAGUUAUCGGCCCUGGUCUUGAGUCUACAAACCAAGCCAAAAAACAGACAGUUUACAAACCAGUCUUACUAAUGAAACGGACUUCGUUUCGCGUUCGUUAUUUAUAAGGGUAGAUAAACCUAUUCAUGUCCAUUUACUGAAUGAUUUAUGUAAAUAAUGUAUAUAUUUAUAAUUCAUAUAUAUUUUAAUGUAAUAUCAAAAUCUGUAGUAUGUUUCGCCCAUUUCAAACAUGUAUAAAAUGUAUGUGUUUUACUUUAUUAUAAUUAUUACUAUUCGUUCUUUAUCUGAAAUUUUUCUAAACUAUUUCCAUUGUGUUAUGUUUGUUAUUAUUGAACAUAUAGUUGGUAAUUUAGCGUGUGUUGUGUGGUAGUGUUUUACCUAUGUAAUUUGUGCAGAUCAAUCGCUGAAGGUACUCUGGCCGAUACCAGAUUGUGAAGGAUUGAUUAUUGAUAUUACGAAACCGCCAAAUCAAGACACCAUUCUCAAUACAACUCUUCAAACUAUAUUAUGUAAAUAUCUGUCUGGUCUACAUUUACAUAUAAUAUAAAUAUUGUAAUUUGACGUAAAUAAAUACACA